GGAAGUGCCGCCCAUCAACUCCAGCUGGCUUGACUCCGUUCUGUGUCCCGCAAAAUCCCGCAACUGGCAUGAGAUUAGGAUCCCUGAGUGGAAAAAAGAGGGGGGAAUGAACAACACGCCGCCAGGAUUACGGUUGGGGACUGUGUUUGGGACAACAGCAGCUCCUCAAUGCUCUUCCAGAAGUAUUUGCAGUGCCGGCUCAGGCCUCCUACGGUGAUAGGCCAGUUCCACACCUUGUUCUUCGGCUCGGUGCGGAUGUUCUUCCUGGGCGUUCUUGGCUUCGCCGUCUACGGGAAUGAGGCUCUGCACUUCAGUUGUGACCCCGACCGUCGAGAGCUCAACCUGUUCUGUUACAACCAGUUCAGACCCAUAACACCUCAGGUCUUCUGGGCGUUACAGCUGGUAACCGUGCUGGUUCCGGGGGCGGUGUUCCACCUGUAUGCCGCCUGUAAGAACAUCGACCAAGAGGAGAUCCUGGAACGGCAGAUUUACACCGUCUUCUACAUCAUUUCUGUUCUUCUGCGAAUCAUUCUGGAAGUCAUCGCCUUCUGGCUGCAGAGCCACCUUUUUGGCUUUCAGGUUCACCCACUGUACAUGUGUGACGCCAGCGCCUUGGAAAAGACCUUUAAUGUGACCAAGUGCAUGGUGCCCGAACACUUUGAAAAAACCAUCUUUCUCAGUGCCAUGUACACCUUCACCAUCAUCACCAUACUCCUCUGCAUUGCUGAGAUAUUUGAGAUACUCUGCCGGCGACUUGGCUAUCUCAGCAAUCAAUGACGCAAACAUGAGCGCACACAUACAGAAGGUGAAGAUACACAACAUUACUGCGAAACAGGAAAUUAACACGAGAGCCAAACCUCACUGUGGUCCAUCGUGAGUGAGUGGUACCAAGAAGAUUGAGAAGGUGUAAUGAUGUCAGAGCUGGAAAGUCUAAAGCAUGUUCUUGGUGUUUGUUGCCAACUAUAGAGUUAUUAUCCCUGGUCGCACUUCAGAUGUUAGUGGGUCUGUACUGGCUGUGCCCAGAGGUUUACAGAUGGAUGGCAUGGCCACAGAACUUGUACCUCCUACUGAAACUUUGUGGGAUGGGAUAGAAAGAACUUCUGGUUUUCUUUUCUCCAUAAGAUGACUGAGAAUCAGGCAUCAGCUUCUUGGUGCUACUAAGAAACUAAAGGUUUCCUUGAGUUCAAGGAAAGCUCGAUCUGGCACGAACCUGGUGGUUCAUAACAGCGUGGGGUCCCUGUGAUCCUUUUCUUGGAGUUCCACAUUACAUUAAAUACUCUACAAAAGAAACUCUUGGAAGCAUUAGCUGCACUUCUCUUUAGGCCCUGAUCUGCACUAAACCCACGAAGCUCAUCAAACCAGCUCAAUGUCACUUCUUUGGACCAUGUUCACUUAUAGAGUCCCAACAAUGAACCCAACUAUUUCAAGAGUUUUCACACAAGUUGCAGAAUGCUUUAAUUUAAAGAACUUGUGUCAAGUAAAAGGCUCCCCGCAGGUUCCCGGCUGGUGUGGACAAACAGAUCCAGGGCAGGGUAGGGGUUAUUGCUUCCAAUAUGUGUGAAGUUGCUCUUGAUCUCUGAUAGAUCGAUCAGUAAUUUCAUAUUCAAGGUUGUUGGUACCUAAACAACCUUCACCUUUACCACCAGUUUACCUCCACCAGAUGUAAAGAUAUCAAAGUGUUGAGAUGCUAUCUCUAAAAAUGAUUGAACAGUAAGAACUUCACAAAGGUCCAAGCUCAGACGGGGUCGAUAUGAUUGAUUUGAAAACCAAAUCAGUAACUAAACACUUACUAAUGUAAAUUUUUAAACUGAAAAGAUCAAAGACAGAAAUAUUCCAAUUUGGGUAUACAUAAGUGUUGAAAUGAGAAUUUUUAUGAUAUAUAAUAGUGCUACAUAUUGAAAUGAUGUUUGUUUAGUUAAAACAAGGUAGACUGUAAUGCACCAUCUUCUGAUUCAAGUUUUAUACACUGUACCAGCAAACUGGCUGACAGUCAGUGAUGAGAUGUUGGAGGAUGUUGGAGGCGUUGUGGUAUGAUCCAGCAUCUAAGGUGAGACUGAAGUGGUCUAAACUUGUUCAGAUGAGCAGCGCUGAAUACUUCUCAGAAAAACAAAACUCGGUGCUUAUUAUUGUUCUAGUCGGGUUCAGAGUUGCUGCUCCUCAACCAAGCGUUACCUCUACCCCAGUUAUAUCAGCAUUUCUUUGCUUUAAGUAUUCAUUUAUGUCAUCUUACCUUGUCAGUGUCUCUAUACUGUGAAAAUUAUUACCUCUUAUGUUUCAUGUGAUUUUUUUUUAAAUCAGACAUCCAUCCAACUUUUGUUAUGAAGUUUUCAGCAAUCUGUUUAUCAUCUCAGGUACAAAAUUGCAUUUCCAGACAAAAGUGGAUCAAACCCUCAUUUCAAACCUUUUUAAACCAAUUGGAUGCACAUUUCCAGAGUCCUUGGCCUGUUCGAGUGAUCCCAAGGUCGGUUUAGGAUUUAAAAGGGUUUGAAACAGGUAUGUGGCUCCUGUGAACUGGGUUCGUCUGCGUUCUGGUUUCUGAGUGGAAGAUGGUUUUAAGUUCUGCCUUAAAGUUCUGUCACCUUGUUUACAUUCAAUAAAAAUGUCAACCAUUCAACCAGGAGAAUGUU